GGCCGCGCCUCGAGAGGCGGCUGCAGCGGCUCCAGCGGCGGCCGAGCGGCCGAGCCCGGGCUGGGAGACACGAUGCGCCGCGUCCUCCGGCUGCUUCUCGGCUGCUUCCUCACCGAGCUGUGCGCCCGCGUGUGCCGGGCGCAGGAGCGAGCGGGGCACGGGCAGCUGGCACAGCUGGGAGGCGUGCUGGUGCUGGCGGGGGGCAACCGCUCCGGGGCCGCCUCCGGAGAGGCUGGCGAGGGCGCGGGGGUCUCGGACGCGCCCCCGACCCGGGCGCCCACGCCAGACUUCUGCCGGGGCUACUUCGAUGUCAUGGGCCAGUGGGACCCGCCGUUCAACUGCAGCUCGGGCGACUUCAUCUUCUGCUGCGGGACUUGUGGCUUCCGGUUCUGCUGCACGUUUAAGAAGCGGCGACUGAACCAGAGCACCUGCACCAACUACGACACUCCGCUCUGGCUCAACACGGGCAAGCCCCCCGCGCGCAAGGACGACCCCCUGCACGACCCCACCAAGGACAAGACCAACCUGAUCGUUUACAUCAUCUGCGGGGUGGUGGCCGUCAUGGUUCUCGUGGGCAUCUUCACCAAGCUGGGGCUGGAGAAAGCGCACCGGCCCCAAAGGGAACACAUGUCCAGGGCCCUCGCGGAUGUCAUGAGGCCACAGGGCCACUGCAACACUGACCACAUGGAGAGAGACCUCAACAUCGUGGUCCAUGUCCAGCAUUACGAGAACAUGGACACCAGAACCCCCAUAAAUAAUCUUCACACCACCCAGAUGAACAACGCAGUGCCCACCUCCCCUUUGCUCCAGCAGAUGGGCCAUCCACAUUCUUACCCCAACCUGGGCCAGAUCUCCAACCCCUACGAACAGCAGCCACCGGGCAAAGAGCUCAACAAGUAUGCCUCCUUGAAGGCCGUCGCCGACAAGGUCAAUGACGACUUCUACUCCAAGCGACGGCAUCUGGCAGAGCUGGCCUCCAAGGGGAACCUACCUCUGCACCCUGUAAGGGUGGAGGACGAGCCACGGGCCUUCAGUCCUGAGCACGGCCCUGCCAAGCAGAACGGACAGAAGUCCCGCACCAACAAGAUGCCCCCACAUCCCCUGGCCUACAACUCCACCACCAACUUCAAGGGUUGGGACCCCAACGAGCAGUCCCUCCGGCGGCAGGCUUACGGCAACAAGGGCAAGCUUGGCACGGCUGAGUCGGGCUCCAGUGACCCCUUGGGAACUCGCACCCAGCACUACCCGCCCCCACAGCCAUACUUCAUCACCAACAGCAAAACAGAAGUGACUGUCUGAGCUUUCACUGCAGGGAGCAUCCUGGAGACCACACGCGACUGAGAGAGGCAAAAAAUAUCCCGGCCCACACCCUCCCUGUCCUCCCCCACACGCCCACCCACACACUCACUCUCCACACCAACCUACCAGUGGCACGGAAUCACGCUUGUCCUGGGUCAUGCCUAACACGUGUCGGCAGGCAGCUGAGCAAGACCGAAGCAUGGACGUUCAGCAAUACAGCAAAGGGGAGACUGAGGCACACUCUUUCGACUUCAGGCCCAAGGUGGCAGAGUCACAUGCCCAAACCAGGGGGCUAAUUUUCCUUUCCUCCUACCUUGAAACUGAAAUCCAUGAUGAAAAACAAAAAAGUAGCACAAUUUAGAGAAAUUGCCCAUUUGAGCACAUAUACCAUUGGCCACGGGCUGUCUGUGUCGGGGUGACAGAGCCGGGGCGGGAAGUGGGGGUAGAGAAUGAGGGUGGACACAGGAGAAAAGUGUCCUUGAGAAGAGGAGUCAUUUGGGGAGAAAUCUGUGCACAUUAUAAGCAUUUUCUAAUCCCAAGAAGUGGUGAAGGUGACAUGGACACAAAUUUUGAUGAGCAUGAGCAGUAACUGGACCCAACCAUUCUAUUUAUAGAACUUUUUCAUAUCAUCAAUGUUGGAAGCAAAAAACAACACACACUCAAACUCACACACAAAAAAUAGACCCUGAACCCACGGACACUGAUGGGAAAGAAAGAACAUUUUCGAGAACUCCCAUAAAGACCAUGAUCAUGGAAAUGGGAGGGACGGGCUUUUAUGGUGGGGAGAGGGUCCAGAGAGUCUUAAAUAACUUUUUUUAAAAAAGAAAAAUAAAAUGUAAGCCCGCUAAAAAACAGACAAGAACGGCAAAUUAAUUUUUGUCCAAAAUCUUCAAGACUUAGGAAAUCAACAGUGACAUCAAGAACAAUAAAAAGAAAAAUCACAGUUGAAAAGUUGACAAGAGGUGAGAGGGGGACCCAGAGCUUCUGAUUUCUGGUGUUUUCCCCUUGCCUCCAAGAUAAGACAGAAACACAGAAACUAGUCCUCUAUUAACUGUCUAUUCCCGACUCCCCCUUCAGCCCGCUGCCGCUGCCGCCAAAUUUCAACUGCUUUGGACUGAAAAUGUCAUAAGCGUGGGUGGUGCCUUCAAUGUGUUACUGUUUAAUGACAGUCUUGUUUCUUAAGUGCAACCUGUGUUCUUUUUGCCUUCCUCCCUCCUGUUUUUCUGCAGUAGUAGAAGAUGUUUCCAUCCUCCCUUCGUUGGUGAGCCCACCCUAUCACACCCUCUGAGGGGGCUGCUGCAAUGCCAGGGGUACCUAAAGAUGAAGACCUCCCACACUGUCAAAAAUCCAUGAGUCCUACCAUUUUCUAGCUCCCCAAACCUAUCACGCAUUUCUGGGUCCCGUAUCCCACGAUCCCUCCAAACCACUUCCCCAGAUACUAAAAUGCAUUCAUUGCCCAUCCAGAAU